GCAGGAUAUUCAGUAGUCUAGUGGAUUCUGUGAAAGUUGUACAAUGGGAAGUAUUCUGUUAUCAGCUGCUGCUUCAAUGGUUCUUAUUGCCACGUACUAUCUCCUGAUCCUGGGCACUUUGGCAUCUGCUGAACCAUCAAAUUUGCAAACACUGAACAACCAGAAGCCCAUAAGUACUUCAGACACUCUCCAGCCGCAUUUCCGGACACGAGCCGGCAUCUUUGCGACUCCAAGGCGCUUCGCGGGACUUCAUAGAGCUAAACCUGCUCAGGAUGUUAGUUGGAUCUUUGAGGAAGAUGAGGACAAUCCUUUUGGAGACAUCAGCAAGCGCUUCGAUGACUACGGACACAUGAGGUUUGGCAAGAGAGCGGGAGGGGAAGGGGAUCAGUUUGAUGACUACGGGCACAUGAGAUUCGGACGUCGCAGAAGAAGUUUGCAGCACUAAAAGGAACACCCGGAUAUCUGUACAUAUAACAUAAACUCUGGCAUAAAUGGCACAUCCAAAGAGGACAAAAGCAUAAUACUUUAUUGGCUGGAAUAGAGUAUUGUGAUGUAGUUGAAUAAAUAAAUUGCAAAUCUCUUAGAGA